AUGAGUUCUGAACCGGCGACAAAACGAAUGAAGCUGGAGCUGAGUAGCCCCAAAGAACCACUUACUCGACAAGACAUCAUUGCUUUUCAAAAAGAAGCACUGUUCCGACGUUUGAAUGAACAAAGAGCAAAUGUCGAGUCAUUAAAAACUCAAUAUGAUCUGUCAAAGAAGCAAUGUGUGGAUAUCUCAAGGAAACUAGCUAAUUUAAUGGCACUCGUUGUGACCCUGGCAAGAUUUUUGACAACCUUCUGUGAAGAUGAAGAGGAGAGGGAACUAUGUCGGCAAGUGGCAGAGGGCGACGAAACUCUCAUUGUACAACUCAGUGACCCUUUCAUGAAGCUGCUGACUAAACUUGGUGUGCGGGGCUCGCAUCCGGAUGUUUCCCGGAAGAUGGAGGAGCUCGCAUUGGGAUUGAAAAAUCUGCAAGAUGCCAACGGUGCGCUUUCGUAUGAGAACAAGCAACUGACAGAGGAAGUGUCGUCGCUCAAGAAAUUUUACCAAGGUGUACUACAUAAGUAUGACCGAGAGGACUCGCCAACGGUGGCGAGAGUAUUCAAGAGGGCAUUGGAUGAAGCGGAAGGUUCUACGGGCGACCACGACGACUCAAAAGCAAAUGGGACUGAUCAAGAAAGCGUCGGCAACGGUACUAUCUCUGUGAAGCCAGAGCUGGAAACUCCGACGGAAAAGCGUUCAAAUGAGCUUAUAGAGCGUGAACUGCAGAUUACAGAGUUGAAAUCUCAACUCGAAUCAUUGCAUGUCACGGUUGGAGAGCUAGAGAAAUUCAAGAAAAGCAAUGAGGAGGAGCUGAUAAAACUGCGUCAACAAGUGUCAGCUCAGCAACUGCAAGAACCUCCAGAAGUCCAUGAUCGAGAUACGUUACUUGAAAAGAUAAACCAUCUAACGAAAGAGAACGCAGAGAUUUCUUCGGUCAACGCGGAUCUGCUGGCAAAAUUCCAGGAACUGACUCGAGAACAGGAGAUUUACACAGGGAAAGUUGCACAGGAGUUUCAAACAGCUCAGGACGCUCUGAAAAAGCAUAACGCUACCUUAGAAAAAGACCUCGUAAGAAUAAGAACAACCCGCGAUGAGCUUCUUGGGAAAGUUGCUAUUUUAGAAGCUGAAACUACCAAGUCAGCGUUGCUGACCGAUCUGCAGUCUGCGAUCAACAUAUUGCAAGACCAAUGGAACAGAAUGGACAGCAGAUUCAAUAGCGAACCACAGCCCCAAGAUGCCUUGAUGAAAGAGUUGCAAGACAUGGAGGUCGCUUUCAAAGAAUUGACCAAUAUUACGCACAAGAAAUACUCCGAACACCUGAAUCAAGAGAGUGUAAUCUCAAAACUAACAGUAGAAAAGACUAAAGCAGAUCAAAAAUAUUUUGCAGCCAUGAGAUCCAAAGAUUCCAUUCUUGUAGAAAAUAAGAACCUCACCAAGAGUUUGGCCAAAUCAAAUGAGUUAAUCAACCAGUUGAAGGAUUCAGACAAGCUACUGCAGCAAAAGAUUGCAAACUUGAAACAGCAGUUGGAGAUUUCGCAAACUAAUGAAAAAAGGCUGAUAGAUUCCAAUAAGGCCACCAACUUGAAGGUCAUGAGCAUCAAUGGGCAGCUGUGCAAGCUGAAAAAAGCGUUGGACGUUGCCAGGGAGGAGAACCACCAUAAAAUAGCAGAAGUAACCAAGGUUCAAACGCAGCUGCAAGAUGUGGAAGCAGAUCUCAAAAGUGUAAAAAUCAAGGCCGCAAAUAGCGAAGCGAAAUGCCAAAAAUUGCAGGCUUCUCUUUUAAGCGACGGAGGUGACAACGCACCGCUGGUUGAAGAACUUGAAAACUUCCGUUCCCUCGUAUACUGCUCGUUAUGCUCUAAGAACUGGAAGAGUAUGACUAUCAAGACCUGUGGUCAUGUAUUCUGUGAAAACUGCUGCAAAGAGAGGCUCGCAUCCAGGAUGAGAAAGUGUCCCACUUGCAAUAAGCCCUUCAGCUCAAACGAUCUGCUCUCAAUCCAUCUAUAA